UUUUUUUUUUUUUUCCCCCCCCGCUGCCGGCCACAGGCAGGUUGUAGUGGAAACGAUUGGCACGUGGAGAGGCGCGGGGACCCCGCGACCUGACCCUCCCACCCACAUGUUUGAGGAGCCGGAGUGGGGCGACGAGGCCCCGCUGGUGGUGGCCCUCGGGCCUGUAUCGUCUCUGCCUCGGCCCGCUGCAGCUUCACAAACCAAGGGUUCCAAGCGCCGCCAGCUCUUGGCCACAUUACGGGCUCUGGAAGCAGCAUCUCUUCCCCAGCAACCCCCCAGCCUGCCUGGCAGUGACUCUGAGGAAGAAGAGAAAGUGGAAAGGAAGAAGAAACGACUGAAAAAGGCCUCAUUUUCCAGUGCCCCUACUGAAGUAGAGGAAAAAAGGAAGAAGAAAAGACAAAAACACAGCCCCCCUGGCAGAGACUCUGAGGAAAAGGAAGUGGAAAGGAAGAAGUGUCGCAAUGGUGCUCUUGGCACUGACUCUGCUGAAGAUAAAAGAAAGAGGAAAUGCCAGAAGCAGCCCCCUUUAAACCCCGCCCAGCACCUGGACUAUAUUAACCAAACAGGACCCACAGCUGAGAAGAGCAGUAUUACAAAUGACCCGUCCAAGCCAGGCCCUGGGACCAGUUCCCCCGAGCGCCCCCGUACCCUGAGUCGCAAGCAGUGGCGGAACCGACAGAAGAACAAGCGGAGACACAAGAACAAGUUCCGGCCACCUCAGCCACCAGAUCAGGCUCCAGCCACAGCCCCUGCAGAGGAGACAGAGGUGCCUCCCGCUCCCAGCCCAGACAGCCGUGAGGCCCGGGCAGGGGCUCUGCGAGCCCGCAUGGCACAGAGGCUGGAUGGUGCCCGGUUCCGCUACCUUAAUGAGCAGCUGUACUCGGGGCCCAGCAGUGCUGCACAGCGCCUCUUCCAGGAAGACCCUGAGGCCUUUCUCCUGUAUCACCGUGGCUUCCAGAGCCAAGUCAAGAAGUGGCCGCUACAGCCUGUAGACCGCAUUGCCAAGGAUCUUCGCCAGCGGCCCGCAUCCCUGGUGGUAGCUGACUUUGGCUGUGGGGACUGCCGCCUCGCUUCAAGUAUCCGGAAUCCUGUGCACUGCUUUGACUUGGCCUCUCUGGACCCCAGAGUUACUGUGUGUGACAUGGCGCAGGUGCCUCUGGAGGACGAGUCUGUGGAUGUGGCUGUAUUCUGCCUUUCACUCAUGGGAACCAACAUCAGGGACUUCCUGGAGGAGGCAAAUCGAGUGCUAAAGCCAGGGGGACUUCUGAAAGUAGCUGAGGUCAGCAGCCGCUUUGAAGAUGUUCGGACCUUUCUGGGGGCUGUGACCAAACUGGGCUUCAAGGUCAUCUUCAAGACCUCUACACCAACAUCUGUGGAAGAAACUGGCUUGCUGCUCCCCAAAAUGGCCUUUAACCUGGACACAAGGUCACAUUGCAUUUCCCAGCUCCUUGCAUCAGGGCGGGGCUGGGUGAGUAGUCCUCACCCCUGGAAAAUAAGUAGAAGUGAUGUUUCACUGCCAGGCCAAGGCAGUUACAGAGCGGAUGAGCCUGCUCCCUGUUUUCCCACCUCUGCCUUCCAGAGUGACCUUGAAGCAUAAAUUUAGAAGGUGAUGGAGUCAGCAUAGAGGAAGUCUGGAUAUCUAAGUCACUGCUUGGAGGAAAGCUGCUUGGCCAAGAACAUUCACAUUGUUCAAAAAAUAAACUGUUGGGUUAAGUUAGUGAGUUUGGGGAGUGUUGCAGUAGUUAGCAUUAUGUACUCUCACUAACCCAGCUUUUCUGGGCUCCCCAACCACCUUACUCUUUUUUUUCCCCUUCAGUUUUUUUCAGAUGCACAGGGUGGGGGUGGGAAGGUACAAGGGGUCAGUUGUAUGGUGGGGGCAGGAACUCAACUCUCGGUGGCGGUCCACUUUACUCUUGAUCACUGGACCUUUUUGGUUUCCCUAUGGAUGCUUCAAGCAGUUAAUUAUCUUACCAGGUGCUAGUCAACAACACUUCUCACUUGUCCUAUGAACUUGAAUUUUAACUAGGGGCGGGGCUGGGGGGAUGCUCACUAGGAAGUUGAAGAACUCAUUUUGUCAGUUGCACUUUGUGACCAAAAAAAAAAGUUCCACUAGAAAAUGUCUUAAAUGUUUUUUCUGAUAUAACUGGAAACUUGAAGGUAGGUGGCUGUUGGCAUUGGUCCAGGAAUUCAAGGAUGUUCACAAUUGCAUCUCCGAUUCUCUUGGCCUCUUGAUUCUCACAGUCAGAAGAGUAUGUGUUCUUGGUUAAUCGGAGACACCCUAUUUACCAUUAGACUUCUGGGGAGUCUCACAGGUUGUAAGAGCCCCUAUAUUUUUUGCCUUAUUUCAGAGCUGCUUUUACAUUGUUAAUAUUCUGGUACAAAUGUGUCCCAUUGCUCUCUCUGACAUGGCUGAGACUAAUCUAAAAUAUAUUUGUCUUCUCCACCUCUCUUAUAUUUCAGCAACUCAUCUAAUUCAAAACUGUUUCCUCCUUCCAGCUUGGUGGGUUGGGGAACAUGGUCUGUUUCUUUCUCUUACUCUUUACUUCCUAAGUCACUUCUGAGAUUGGGGCAUAUACUUCUGUUUCGUUUCCAUCAGGUGUUCUAAUAAGUUCAUUCUUUUUUAAAAAUUUAUUUUAUAUAUUUUUUACAUCAUUUUUCAUUUUUGCACAAUGUAUGUAUGCAUUAUCAUCUUGGUAAUAGUCCCCAUAUAAUUCCCACCCCACCCCUUAUUUUGACCCUAAUCCCUCCUAGCCCCCCCGACAUCCCCCCCACCGUAGUCUGUCUCUGAUUUAUAGUUGCUUGUUGAUUUUGAUUUUUACUUUAUUAUAAUUAGUCUUUUUCCUGGUCCCUUAUUUAGGUUUUCUAAAUUCCUGCUAUGAGUGAGACCAUCCAGUUUUCUUUUUCUUUCUGGCUUAUUUCGCUGAGCAUGAUCCCUUCCAGCGCCAUCCAUGUUGCUGCAAAUGGCAUGAGUUUAUCUUUUUUGAAUGCUGAGUAAUAUUCCAUGGUGUAUAUGUACCACAUCUUCUUGAUCCAGUCAUCUAUUUUGGGGCAUUUGGGUUGUUUCCAUAGCUUAGCUAUUGUAAAUAGUGCUGCUGUAAACAUAGAGGUGCAGGUAUCCUUUUGAAUUAAUGUUUCUGAGACAUUGUUCAUUCUUGUGGGCUGUAUUGGGGCAUUUUGGAGCCCCUGGUAAGGAUUUACGCCAGUAACUGGCUUUGGCUCCCUCCUUGUGACAUACAACCCACACUUUCCCUCAGCUCCUCAAAUCUGGACCCUGACAGUGUAUUCACAGCCUCCUAAUGCUAUACAGUCCCUCACCCCGGCAGGCAGCCAGGGAGGGGUCCCAACAGAGCUCAUUAGGAACUCAUGCAUGUUUGUCCUGCCAAUAGUGAGAGCACAGGCCACUCCUCUCCCCUCACCCCUGUCCCAGCCCAUUCGAUUCUGUCUUCUCCAGAUGAGAAGUGCCAGCCAGUUCACAGGGCUCCCAACCCUCACAAGUGAUUCUGACUGUGUUCUCCCCAGCGGCCACAAGGAGGUGGGUUUCUAAGUUUCUGAGCGCAGCAUGCUGCCAGCCAGAGGUUAUACAGCUGAAUGAAGGUACCAUCUUUUUCUCCUGGAAACACAAAAUGAUUAUAAAAGGUUCUGCUGGAGCCCUCUCACUUGAUUUAGGAUAGAGGAAACGGCAUAGCAUUGUUCUUUACCUUUCAAGGAGACAUUUACUAUUUUUUAAAGACUUGGAAAUGAGAACUUUUAAAUUUUCAUAUAAUCAUUUCAUUCAUUUUCUGCUGUUUGUGUGUGUGUGUGUGUGUGUGUGUGUGUGUGUGUGUGUACGCAUCUCUGCAGUCUGCAUUUUAGGUUUUAACGUUCUCCCUGUAGAGACCACAAUAGAAUUGGACAAGUUCCCAGGAGUCUGUGUAUUAGUCGUCCCUGACCGGCCUGGCCCCUUGGAUACAUGACUAACACCAGACCCAGCACCCCACAGUGUACCCCCAUACUCCCCUGCCCAGCUGGCAGGCGCACAUUCCCGUCUACCUUCCUCUCUCACACCAUGCCUCCCCUCAGGUGUCACAUUCUGCCUCCCCUGUGUACACACACCCUGCACGCCUUCUAAAUCUCAGAAAUCUUUCAUGAAUCACUCCAACUUUAUUUCGACUGCAGGCUCAGGGCAGGGGUGGGCUGCACACAUGGACUCUCCGUUGGACACAGAUGGUGGGGCUGAGCUUGGUGGGCAGGGGCAGGUGCAUCACAAUGUUUCUGCUGUGCAGCCUAGUGGCACCCAGGGGCCCUUCUAGGUACACAGGACAGGAAUAUACAGCCAGACCACCAGGGGCUGGCAGGUCAUUGGCGCCCUGGGCCUGGACACUGACGCUGACCAGAGGCAGUGGGUUGGGCUGUCUAGAGGGACCGUCCUGCAUGGCCCGAGCGUGUGUGUCCCACUCGGCGUUCCGGAGCUGGAGCCCAGUCAGCAGCAGCCCCUUCUCUGGCGCCGUGGCAUUUGGGCUGGUCACCACCUGGGGAUGCCAGAAGUUGGUCAGGCAAGAUUAGGAAGCUGGGGGGCAGUGGGGGAGAGAAGCAGAUGGGAUUACUGAGGGGCAUGAAGAAGCAAACUAGGGUAAUUGCAAAGCGUAAUCAGGAACUUUGAGGAGUGUGGAUUUGGAAACAAAGAGGCAGCAGGAAGAUACCUGGAAAAGCAGAGGGUUGCUGUUCAGCUCAGGAGAUUUACUGGGGAGCUUAUUGGAACUGGAACCUGAGCUCUGAGGAAUAUUCGAGCUGAGCGCAAACUGCUCCGGGGCCAUCUUAGCAAAGGAAGCCUCCCAAUGCAGUGACAGCAGCAGGCGGCGUGGAUAGCGAAAGGCUGAUAGGUGAAAGGUGCGCACUGGUCCUCCGGUGCCCCUGCCCAAGUAAUGAACCAACAACUGCCCACGGCGCAACAGCUGCUGCAGCCAGUGCCAGGGCGGCUGGGGACCAGCUGGAGCAUGAGCUUGCCAGGGCAGAGGUAGACGGCCAGUCCAGAGCGCUUGGGCCACUGCAGUGCAGCGCAGGGAGGUGCAGGGGUGCUC